AUGCAGAUCUGGUGGCUCCUGACUCUGGCAUCUCUGGCCUUGUCCCCAACGUUAGCGGAGAAUUGUUUUGGCGAGCAAUGUGAGGAAGAUGCCCAGGCCUUGAUUCAGCGUCAGAGUGUCGAGCGCGUCGAGCGCAGCGCUGCUGGAACAGGUGUCAGCGUAGGGGCGCACAUAACCACCUUGGAUGGACAUCGCUACUUGUUCAACAGCGGCGGCACCUACGAGAUGUGGGGCCUUCGUGGGGUCCCAUCCAAGGCUCUAGGAGGAGUUGAUUUGGACCCGAACACCAAGCGGCCUGUGAAUGUGAAUUGGCAGCUGCUGGCACAUUACUCGGGAAAACACAAAAUCAAGAUCCGGGCGCUUUUGCUGCAAGAUCUGUCGAAUCCUACCGACUCAUUGAUGCAAAUCACGGCUGAAGACUGCAGGUGGGAGCGGAAGCUCGUUUCCCCCACGAAGGAAUCCAGGGGCGAACCUAAGUGGUCAUCGUGGCUUUUGGAUCCUACGGUGGGGCCACUUUCGAGUGGUGUAACCUCUGUCAAGCUCUCCAAUGUCAGUUUCCAGCUCAAGAAGAAGGCCAAUGGUUUUGACCACUGGUUCUCCGAGUUGCACCUCUUCCUGCACACACAAGAUGGGAACCAUGUGGAGGUGGCUGACAUGAAAAUCCAUUGCAUGCAGGGCGACCAAGUUGGCGCGCGUGUCAACAUGCAUCGCCGUGAAGACAUCAAGUGGGUUGUCGGCCAGAUCGCAGCGGGCAAGCAUUCCGCCGAUGCCCAUUUUAUCCCAGACCAGUGGGCAGCGCUGGGAGGCUCCAACCAGGCGUCUUUCUUCCUCCAUCGUUCCGACCUGAAGUUGGGUGGCCUGAACGACAGAAGCGAGGCAAGCAAGAUUUGUGCCAAGCAGCUGCAAGUGUCAGAGGAGCUCCAUGAUUCCCUUGAAGAGGAUCCGGCCUUCCAAGCGUGCGUGGAUGACGCGUGUCGCGGGGCCUCCGAGGUCGAGGCGACUUCCGCGGAUGCUGAGGACGCCUUGAUUCAGCGUCAGAGUGAGCAGCGCAGCGCUGCUGGACUAGGUGUCAGCGUGGGAGCGCACAUUUCCACCUUGGAUGGACAACGCUACCCUUUCGCCAAAUGCGGCACCUACGAGAUGUGGGGCCUCCGUGGGGUCCCAGCCAAAGCCCUUGGAGGAGUUGAGUUGGACCCAAACACCAAGCGGCCUGUGAAUGUGAAUUGGCAGCUCCUUGCACAUUACUCGGGAUCCCAGGGCAAAAUCAAGGGCCUUUUGCUGCAAGAUUUGUCGAAUCCUACGGACGCAUUGAUGCAACUCACAUCUGACGACUGCAGGUGGAGCCGGAAGCUGAUUUCCCCCACAAAUGAAUCCAAGGGCGAAGCUCAAUGGACAUCGUGGCCUAUGGAUCGUUGGACAGAGCCGCUUUCGAGUGGCGUGACCUUUGUCAAGCUCUCCAACGUCCUUGACAGGCCAAGGAAGCAUUCAAAAGGCUAUGACCGGCGGAUUUCCCACGUGAAACUCUUCAUGCACACACAACAAGGGAACCACAUCGACCAUGCUCUGGUCACCGACAUGAAAUUCAACUGCCGCAUCGGUGACCAAAUCAGCACGCGUGUCUACAUGCAGCGUCCGGCAGACCUCAAGUGGGUUGUCGGCCAGAUCGCACCGGGCAAACAUUCGGAGAAUGACCAUUUUAUCCCAGACCAAUGGGCAGAACCCCGGCUUGCGUCAGCAAAGUCAAUGGUUUUAAUCUGCAAAGGACCAUUGCUCCUAGAUAUAAGUGGGAUUAAGAAUGAUUAA